AUGGUGAUCACUUCUUCCCUGCGAGGAGCCAUCAUCCUCUCAACCCUCCUCUCCUCGGUCUCUCUCACCGCAGCAGCUAGCAACAGCUCACCUUCUCCCAACGCCCUCGACUCCGAUCUCACCAUCAUUGUCAACAAUGAUCUCCAAGGCGCAACCAGCCCCUCCGCCAACGCCUCCAUCCUCCUUCUCUCUAACUCGGUUCCCUUCUCUCAAGCUUCCCAAUCUUGCUCUUCCCUAGGCGAAUCACUCUAUUCGCCCGAGGUCGUUUCCACGUCAAGCAUCAAGCCCAACCUCGAUUACCUGCUCUACCGCUCCGGCAAGUCCUCUUCUACCGGGACAACCUUUUGGAUCGCCCCUUCGUCCAAGAACCCGUCUGUGCCGAGGGUGGUUGAUGUUUCCCCUUCCGGCCGGAUUUCGGUCUCCGAUGUGAGGAGUGGAAAGGGGAAAGCGCCCGAGUAUGCGGUCCUGUGCACGCAGACUGCGCCAUUUUCAAACAACCAAGCGCAAGACAAGAGUGCGAAGUGGCAAGUUGGUGUGGAAGGGGUGAACGGAAAUGAGAAGAUCACUGGGUUCCGAGAUCGGCUUUCUUUCCGGUUUCUGGGAUUGCGGUACGCUCCCAAGCCAGGGAGGUUCACUUACUCUACCCUGUACCGUGGAGAUGAUGGAAAGGGGAAGCAGAAGGAGGUGACCGGGCUGGAGUACGGCAGCCAAUGCGUGCAGAACGGUGGAGGAGCGGGACAGAGUGAGGAUUGUCUGUUUCUGAAUGUUUGGACUCCUUACCUCCCGGCUGCUGCUGAUGGUGGAAACAAAGGGAAGGGUAAGGGCGGUGACAAGAAGAAGAAGAAGAAGAAGGAUCUGAGGCCGGUGGCCGUUUGGAUUCAUGGUGGUGCCUUUACCGGUGGUACUUCUUCCGAUUCCACCUUUGACGGCGGUCACAUGGCGUCGCGAGGAGACGUGGUGGUUGUUGCUAUCAACUAUCGCCUCUCCAGCCUCGGCUUCCUUGCGCUUGCGGACGGAAAGACCAACGGCAACUAUGGCCUCGCUGACCAAGUCACUGCUUUGCAGUGGGUGCGCGAGAACAUUGCCAAGUUCGGCGGUGACCCCGAUCAAGUGACCAUCUUCGGGCAAUCUGCCGGCGCUGGCUCCGUUCGCGCGCUGCUAGCCAGCCCAAAGGCCAAGGGCUUGUUCGCUCGCGCCAUUCCCUUGAGCAACCUCGGCGGUAUCAACUACGGCACCACCUACAGCCGGUACUACACCAUCGCCGAGGAGACGGCUGUAGUCGGCAACGCCGUCCUCACCGCCAACAACUGCACCGACGUGGCCUGCCUCCGCAAGCUCCCUGCAGAGAAGCUGACCACAGGCGCCGCAGCCCGCUACCUCGUCGUCGACGGCACCUACCUCGUCUCGCCGGAGCUCGACCUCUCCCGCCGCGCCGGCCCCAGCGGCAUUGACCUCAUGAUGGGCAUCACCCACGACGACGGCGCACCCUUCAUCAGCUACCCGUCCACUACCAACCAAACGGCCUAUCUGCUCUCGCAGGGCUUCUCUCCUUCCCUAGCCUCACCAUCCCUCUUCCCGCUCCCGCCCACCCCCAACGCCACCCUCGCCCUCUUCAACUCCUCCUCUCGCCUUGCGACCGACGGCAUCUUCCGCUGCAUCGACCAAGCCACCGUGCAAGCCGGGCUAGCCAACAACCGCUUCUCGCGCGUCUUCUACUACGAGUUCGACCGCACCUAUCAGACGGGCGGCUGGCCGAACCUGGACGUGUGCGAGCCUCCCAAGACGGCGUCGCACCCCUUCGGUGACCCGAGCAAGCCGUACCUGCGCUGCCACUCGGGCGAGCUGUACUAUGUCUUUGGCAACUUGGCGCGCCAGGGGCUACCCGUGCGCGAUGAGAAGGAUUUGCCGUUUGAGCAGUUCGUGCUGGAUAGCUUUGCGAGCUUCAUCCGGACGGGAGAUCCGAAUCCUGAUGAGGGGUUCUUGAGGGCGAGGGGGUUUGAGAGUACGAGGAGGGAGGUGAACAGGAAUAAGUGGGUGGCCAGUAGCAGGAGAGGAGGGGUCAAGUUGAAGGUGUUGGAUUGGCCUAGUAGGUUGGAGAAUGGGUGGAGGGAGGUACAGCAGUGUAAGGGGAUUGGGUUAGGGGUGGAUUAUUACUUGUGA